GUUGGGGGAAGUCCCACAGCUGUUGCUUGUUAGAGGAAGUCUCCACCCCUCUGGGCUGUGUCAGUUCAGAGAUCUGAGAGAGCUGGAGGGGUCUGGACGCGCAGAAACUGUGUCUGACGUACCUGCCGGUUUGAGCCAGGACGCUAGUUCAGGGGACCCUCCGCCGUGACCUUUGGCUGACCUCUGAAGGAGUCAUCCUGGGGGAGCACGGUGCGGAACCUCACCCAUGCCCCCACUCCAGAGUCCUGCUUUGGCCGUGUUCCCGGCAACAGUGUCGCCAUGACAGCAGGGGGUCUGCGAACACAGCUAGGCAUGUCCUUCCUGGGCGUGUGUGGCCUGCUCGUUCUCUACAUCCUGUGCCUUAGCCUGCAGACCCCCGUGCCCGGGCGCAUGCAGACCCCUGGCCCCGCCCCGCAGCCCCGCCCACACCUCGCCAGCUUAGGGGCUGUGGAUACUGCUGCUGAACACCAUGAUGCCCCUGAAACCCCAAAACCCCUCAGUCAAACCACACACCCUGCCCCAGGGCCCCCCAGGACCUCCAAACCCCCACCACCACCCCCUCCCCCCAGCAAACCCACAGAGCCGCCUUUCAUUGGAGAUCAAUACGCUCAGGACGAUUUGGAGCCUCUCACUAACUGCCCAAUGGGGAUUCGGCAGAGGAUCAUGGGUACUGUUUUUGGGGAGCGUUUCCUGCCGCAGGUUCCCGUCCUGCAGUGGCAGGGUCACGUCUCCCCAGAGCAGUACCAGCGUCUCCGGAGAUAUCCUGGGGCCCAUGGCUGGGGGGGAGUCGAUUUCCAGACCCUGGAAGCUUCUCUGUCCGUCCUGAACUCCUCGGCCAAUCGGUGCCUGUUUGACGACUGGGGCAGCCGGGGAAAGGGCGCGGCCUGCAUCCGCUGCGCGGUGGUGGGCAAUGGCGGGAUUCUGCGGGGGUCAAAGAAAGGUCAGGAAAUCGACCAGCACGACUACGUCUUCAGGACUAACGGUGCUGUGAUUAAGGGCUUUGAGGAGGAUGUGGGCUCUCGCACAUCACUGUACACCUUCUCCACAAAUACCCUGCGCAACUCCUUACUCAGUUACACAUCUGUGGGGUACAAGGGCCCCCCCAUCUCUGAGGAGACUCGGUAUGUGUUUUUGCCGGAUCAUGACCGGGACUACAUCCUGCUCAGAGCUGCAGCCACUCACACGCCUGUGGACAGAGGGCCAGAGCGUAGUAAGAGCCCGCCCCCUUAUUUUGGGGAACAUGUGACGGCUCAGAAAUUUAAAAUGUAUCACCCAGACUUCAUCAGGUACCUCAGAAACAGGUUUCUAAGAGCCUCAGUUCUGAAGACCAAGUAUAGACAUCUGUACCGCCCUUCAACUGGAGCUGUAAUGCUAUUGGCUGCCCUGCACACAUGUGACCAGGUGAGCGCGUACGGCUUCAUGACGCCAGAUUUCAGGAAGUACUCGGACCACUACUAUGACAACACAUACCGGCCCGUCGGCUUUUUCAUAAACCACGACCUGCACAUGGAGAUGUCGCUAUGGCAACAGCUGCACCAAGCAGGCCUUAUCCUCCUCUACAUGCGUCAGUGAGCGCUCUCGCCCGGUCACCGUGGAAACACCAGCCACUCCACCUGACUCUGGGUGGGAGGGGAGGGGAGGAGUAGUGUCCACACACUUCCACUGCAGCCCCUCCUCUGACCUUUUCAUAGUUUCUUAUUCAGAUCAUUUUAUGUUGAAGUGUAUAUUUUAUUUUUAUGAGCUGCAUUUAUCAGUAUAAAUGCACUCAGCGAGGAGAAGAGAUGAUGAUUUGCACUGUGGGGCCAGGCCCCUAGCUCGACAUACCCAACACACUGCGGACUGCUCUCCUGUGGAUGGAGCCUCGCUUCGUGCACUUCCUGCUCCCUGUUGUGCUUGCUGUUAGGGACUCUUCAAGUGCCUGGAAUCUGCCAUAUUCCAAACAAUCAAACUACGCUUCCCAGCGUGCCUCAGCACUGAGACUCAUACUGGAGUACCUGGGAGAGUGUGUAUUUCUGUGUCACAUUCUGUACAACCAACGUAUUCAGAUAAUGUACGUGCACAUGGUGUUUGUUUUGUAAUUGAUAUUGGCUCAGACAUCACUGAUUUGAGAGAGACCGCUUGCUGCCUGGAACGGGUGAAGCUGUCUCGUGCACCAAUCACAGAAACUUCCUGCCCACAGCUGACUGUUGUGAUUGGUGCAGAUCAGUGAUGAGGUCUCAGCGGCCUGUGCUCGGUAUUCUGUCUGACCGUAAGUGCCUCAAAGGAUUAUGGGUACUAUCUGCCAAAGUGUUGUGUUUCAGGAUUGGGCUGCGCCAGCUUUUCAGUUGGAAUGUAAAGCUCACACUGCAGGCUUAGUAGCUACUAGUUAGUUUGUGACUAGGCAGCUACUAAACUUGGUCGCACCAUGUGUCCUUAACUCAGAAGUUAGCAAGCUCUUCAUAAAGGAACGUACAGUCACACAAAAUACACAAAAUUAUGUCGAUGUUGAUCGAUCAAAUCGCUGAACUCUAUAAUAUGGAACGGCUGUCACCGCUUGCUUCAGUUGCCGAAACCAAUAUGGUGCCCAGUGCACCCCCCACCUCUCAAUUUCCCCAUAAGAUGUAAUGGAAACCUCCUGCCUUAUUUCAAUCCAAUGGGUCCCCAGUCCCAUUUUCAGCCUGUUAUUCCCGUAAUGUUGGCCAGGAGGGGGUUCACAGUUUUCGAACAAUCCUUCAGUACAUUCAAAUCAGUCUGCCAUUGAAACCUUAUUAAUUACACCGUUUUUUCCGGGUCAGUGUGAAUAUUUAGUUUAUACGCAGGGUUGUGUUCUAAUUAUGUUGUGUGGUCCAACAGGUUUUAUUUCAGUCCUGUGCAAGUUUUAACUGAGUGUAAGUUUGUUACGGCUAGGCUGAGUUCUUAUUUAUGCACAGUUGAUGCAUCCAAUCCCAGGAGUGGUUCUGUGGCUCCGCCUCUUCCUCAGAGGAGCCAAUGGAGAGGCAGAGUGGACAUAGAGGGUGUGGCACUCUCAGCUUGUUUCUCUGGCAUACGAAUUGGACACACAUGCAGUAAUCUACACGUGUCCUGUGUGGAGACCACUCGCCUCAUUCUGUCACCAAAAAAAAAAGCUUUAUUGUUUGUAUAAACUAAACAAAUUCCGUUUUCAGAUUAAAAAAAAAAAAAAAAACAACAUUUAUGAAUCCAUAGGAAGUCAGUCUUUACAGUGGAAUUGGAGGUGGGGUUUCCUAAUGCCAAAUAUUUUAUUUUUUAUCCUUUAAAAAUACAAUCGAUAAACAGAAAGAGGAAAAUUUUGUGAAUACAGUUGUGACUGUGGAGUCCUUGUAACUAUGUAUAAUUCCAACCUCUGAUUCUCAUGACUAUAUACUUUAAUAACAUGCUGUGUCAUGCACAGUGCACUGCAUCUCAGAUCUCUAAUGCAAGAAUAUGUACCUGACCACUGCUCACAUUCUGUGGAACAAAGAGGCGUGGCUUCUGCAGAGCCCCUUACGUGCAAACUGCCCCCAGUAAAGAUUCAGAGAGAACCUUUUAGCUAGAACACUUCUAAGGUCAGAAAGUGUACUGUGACAAGUUCUUUGUAAAAUGUGAAAUAUGAAUAAAAUUUGAUUUGAUAUGCUGAA